GUUGUUUUGUUAUUACCGGAGUUUUCUAUUUCUCCGUAAUAAUAAAUAAAAAUGAAUGGAAAGGAUAGUUUUAAUGUAUUAGAUAUGAAGAAUAUAUGUCAAACUUGCCUCAAAAUGCCACGAGAGGUAUUUCCAAUGACUGCUAUGGAACUAAAUACGUACCAAAAUCUAACUCAAAAGGUAGUCAGUAUGGAUGAGAAGCUACACAUUUGUCUACUCUGCAAAUGGAUAAUUAGAAGGUGUUACAAGUUCACACUACAGUGCCUGAAAGCUAAUGAAAUACUCAAAACAAUGGAGCAGGACACAAAAGCCUAUAACAUUGAACCCACAUCAUUAAACCUACAACAAUCCACAACAGAACUACACUACAUAGGACCAGAGUACGACACACAGACUGACAAACAAGCAGACGAGGCUACAUGCUAUGAGUAUGAUGGCAGUACAGCUCAGGAUGAUGAUGAUGAUGAUGAGAUUCCACUGGUAAUGCUGCAAGAUGAUAUCAAGAGUAAAAGGAGGGCUAGUUUUGAGCGAUCCCCACAAGAAAUAGAGAUUAAACUAGAGCCGAUACUUAAAGAAGAGUUUAUAGAAGAUUUACCAAAAGAGAGAAGUAAGAGAAAGAGAAAGAAAGAGAUCAGAGAAGGAUUCUCCUCUCGGAUGGUGCAGGAGACUGAAGAGUAUGUUGUUAUUAAGCUUAGUAAAGAGCAGGUACUAUCAGAAUUAGCGGAGAAAGCUAAAUCAGACUCGUACAUUAGGUCGCCGUAUAAAUGUGAGCAAUGCGUCAAAGGAUUCAAUUUCGAAGAUGUACUACAAACUCAUAUGGAGAGACAUAAACAGGAGCACGGCGCCUACAAAUGUGAUAUUUGUUUCCAAUACUGCCCCAGCGUCGUCUCAUUAAGAGGACAUAUCAAGUCGCAUACGACGAGGUAUAAAUGCAAAGUGUGCGGCCACGUCCGCCUCUCGAGACAGAAUCUACUGGAACACUACGCCAUCGCACACACGGUGACGCCCGCGUCGUACACUUGUGACAAAUGCCAGUUUUCCACCAAUAAGCGCACAGUGAUACAGCGCCACGUCAAGACCCACUCGUCUCUCGAGCGGCACGCGUGCCACCAGUGCGGGAAGCUGUUCACCACCAUGGAAUCCCUCAGGGUCCACACUUUACGCCACGACAAAUCGAAGCGCCUCCGCUGCGAUCGCUGCGACAAGUGCUUCCUGUACCCGUCGUCGCUGCUGAAACACAAGCAGGCGCACGAGCGGGACGACUACUACUGUGUAGAGUGUGAUGUGCGGUUCAAGACCCCGGAGAACUUAAGACUGCAUUUCAAGAAAGCUAAAAGACACCGAGACUCUUCGUCCUACAGGUACGUAUGCGCGCAAUGUCCGCUCCGCUUCGUGAGCGCGUCGUCCCGCGCGGUGCACUCGUCCCGCGCGCACGGCGCCCCGCGCACGCACGCCUGCAGCGCAUGCUACAGGACGUAUAGCUCCAGGGACGCUUUGAGAGCGCAUACCUGGAGGGUACACCAACGGGCUAAGGGGGGGACAUAGAGGGGAGGGAGAUUUAAAGUCAUAACACACUUAAGGUAAGCGUCCACAGGCCCGCAUCGCACGCAACGGAUUUUCGUUUGUCUUGUAUAGAAACUCAUACAACUGCGUCCACUGAUCCGCAUCGUACGGACCGCAUCAUCAGCAAUGCCUACAUGCGAUGCGUACUGAUGACGAUAUACGGAAUGCGUACGAUGCGUGCGAUGCGGGCCUGUGGACGCUUACUUUUAACGAGCACCGAUCCAACCCAGCAAUUAACUUGUCAGUUAAAUUUGAAUCUUAAAGAGUAUGUCGUAUGAUAUAUUUCAUAACGUCAAUACAAAAAAGUCAACAUAGUCGCAUUGCGCUUGCAGCUCGCAGUCGGCGCGUUGUAAGCUCGCUGGCAGCUAGCGGUAACCACAAACCAGAUUUAUGACUGCAUAGUUGGAGCGGUGGCUGGGCAACUGGCUACCGUGCAACGUGUAGCGGGUAGAUUCCCGCACGGAACAACUCUUUGUGUGAUCCAGAGAUUGUUGUUUCCGGUCUGUGUGUCACGUGUAUGUGAACUUGUAUUUUUGUAAACGUAUUCACGACACAGGAGAAAAUCCUAGAGUGGGGCAACGUUUUUUUUAAAGAAAAUAAAAAAACAAUUUGGUGCCACGCCGUGCCGGAGCCGUGUUUGUUAUGUGUGUUUUGACUUUAAGGGGGUAAGGGGGGUAACAGAUAAGGGGGUAGCCUAUAUUUGUAUUUGUGAUAUAGUUUAUAAUCAUAAUGACUGAAAAUAAGAAUCUCAAGGCA